AAAGCAAAAGGGUUUAAGAAUGGAGAGAAGAAGCAGAGACGAAAGAAUGGCCGGAGGAGCCGGAGCAGGUCCCCGGGGCCCACCAGGCAGACCUCUCCCUCCGCCUCCUUCAUUCCCUCAGUCCCGGGGCCCACCACCCCCUCCUCCCCGCCGCUUCGAACCCGUCGACCGUGAAAAGACCUGCCCUCUGUUGCUUCGGGUCUUCACCAAGAAUGGAGGUCAUCACACUCAGGAGGACUUUGCAGUGAGAGGCAAAGAACCCAAAGAUGAGGUUCAGAUUUAUACAUGGAAAGAUGCCACACUUCGUGAACUAACUGAUCUUGUCAAGGAGAUUGCCCCAGCGGCUAGGAGAAGAAAUGCAAAACUGUCGUUUGCUUUUGUAUACCCUGACAAGAGGGGUUGUUAUGUCUUCAAACAGGCAGGGAUGACACAUGCUCAUGGAAACAUAGGGAGACGUCUAGAUGACAGCAAGUCCUUGAAUGAGCUCAAGUUCCAGAUUGGAGAUUAUUUGGAUGUGGCAGUCCUAUAGAGGAAGAUGGUCUUGUCUGCAUUUGUUCUGACUGGUUCACUCGUAACAUCUCAGAUAGAUUGAAUAGGAAGUAGACCGUCAUGUUUUGGCCCCCUUUGAUUUCAUGCUGAUUUUCAUGGGGAUGUAUCCAUAACUAAAAUUACUCUAUCUGCUCAUUACUCAACUGACAUUUGAAGCUGAUCUGUAUUUAAUGUAGGAAUGAUAUAAACACUCCAGUAGAUUUGCUCCUAUCUUAAUGUCAUCGUUUCUUUUUACUUCGUGACUGGGCGUUUUAUCAGUGGAGUAUCCGUAAAUUCGUUUUUCCUCCUCGGGGAUAAAGUUGAGUGUUUGGCUAAUGCACUUGUAUACAAUGAACCUGUUUGUACACAGGCGCUGAUCUUAUCUCAUAAUUGGAUUAAUCAACAUAUUGUCCAACUUCAGAACUAUAGAAUGCUUAAUCAUAAAGCUGAUUGGCUGUGUGAUUGCUGGCACGAGCUACAGGGAGAGCUGCGGAUCGGUCACUGAAGCGGAAGCAUCUGCAAUAUUGGCCGGAGCCGAGCUUGCUGCUUCACUGCAAUUACAAGAUGUAAUCAUAGAUCAGACUCUGAAGAAGUAAUUUUGGAACUCAAGAAGAAGCAUGGUAAAGUCAAUUGGAGAACUCAUCUCAUCAUCCAACAGAUAAGAAGGAAGUGCUCCAGUUUUGACAGCUGCAUUUGGGUAUGGAUACCCAAAGAAGCGAAUCGGGUGGCGCAUGACGCUGCUUAGCUUGCU